GCUCCUUUCAGAUUUAAUCGUAAACUCACAAUGAAAGUGUUCAUGCUGAUCGCAGUGCUGGUGGCACUUUUAGCCCCAGCCGUAGUAAAUGCCUCAUGUGGUCAGUGCACGGAUUCGCAUAGCUGUAUUGGUGAAAGGGAAUUCCAGAUAUGUUUCGAUGGUGUUAGAGAUCAGACUGUCAACUAUACCUGUCCGGACGACAGUCCCAUUUGCACCGACUAUGGUAUUAUUUGCUUGGCCAACGGAACGGAUACCAAACGUGGCUGUGGUGACGUCUCGAAAUGCGGAAUCUGCUCCGGAACCGACGUCUUCGCCUGCACUUCUCUGACCACCUUUGCAAUUUGCAAUAAUGGAGAGGUUUCCGCCAGUCAACUCACCUGUUCCAACGAUUACGUAUGCAGUGUUUCAAAGGCUGGAGCCGGAGAACCCUGUAUUACCCGCUGCGACUCCACCGACGAUGAUAUCUGCGAUUUGAUUGUGGAUACCGAUAGUUCUACUACCGAAACAACCACGAUAUCCCCGAAUACCACAGUGACUGAAACGUCCCCGAAUUCCACAGUGACUGAACCGUCCACGAUAACUACUGAAACGACCCCGAAUUCCACAGUGACUGAAACCUCCACAAUAACUACAGUGACUGCAACGGAGACCAUCAGCACCACAGAAGGCACCGGAACAACUCCAAGCUUCAAUGAAGUCGUCUAUUGCCAAGGAAUCAGCUCGAUGGGUCGCUAUCCCAUACCCAACGAUACGGCUUGCAUAAGCUAUAUCUACUGCAUAUUGAAGGGUGGCAACUGGGCAGGAUUACUCUAUAAUUGUCCCACGGAUAGACCCUUUUUCGACGCUGAUAUUUUCAAUUGUGGGACUGUACGACCAGCUUAUGCGAAUUGCACUAAUUUAUCCUAA